AAAUUUACAUCGAGUAAAUAUGUCCUUGUAUGACGACGAUGACGAUAUCGUAAAGGAGAAGGAGAGCCAGGUGGCUGGAUGGUCUCAGGGUAUACGGUUAAUGCACAAUCAGAUGCACCUUAAGAAAGCAAUUCAAACUCCAAAAUCUAGGGAAAUCAUCAAAAACAAAACAGUCCUAGCCCCAGUCAUCGACUUCAAGAAAAAUAAGAAAGAAAAUGACGAUGAGAAUAAAUUUUCUUUCGGCGGAAAGCCGUUCUACAAAGGUUCAGGCGACAGUUUGAUACCAUUAGAACCCAAAGUUGAACGCGAAUAUGAUCCACUGUGGCCGAAUGAUUAUGAAAAAGUCGUGAAAGAAAUGAGAUCAGUGGAUCCUGGUCCUGGGAAUGGUUCUGAGAAUGAUACUGAGGAAAUACCUGGCAGAAAGAGACCUUAUAUUGCUAAAAAUCAAAUGCUGGCGAGAGAAAGGUUUAAUAACUGCGAUGAACAGAUGAAAGCUCCAGCUGGAUUUGCUGGGUUCGGUGGACGACCUAGCUUUGAGGAUGAUGAAUAUGAUAAAGAUCGAGACAGAGCUAGAAGUGGCGGAGCUGCCAUAGCACCACCUCCUUCCUUGAUAGAAAGCUCCGCCUCUCCUCCGCCAUCCAUGUUUAACUCCGCCAAGGCAGCGCCUUCCUCUGGAAUGGGUUUUGCAGCUAAAUUAAUGGCAAAAUACGGAUAUAAGGAGGGUGGUGGUCUUGGGAAAUCUGGACAGGGUAUAGCUAAAGCUCUACAGGUGGAGAAAACAUCUAAACGAGGAGGGAGAAUUGUAAGAGAGGAUGAACGAUCUCUGUCUGAACCUGAACCUACAACGGGGGGUGCUGCUAUCCCACCUCCCUCAAAUAUAUACGGAGACGAGUAUGGAUCGAGUACGGGUGGUAUCGUUCCAGAUUAUGGGACCGGAGACGACUCGGAAUACGGAGCAGAUGUUCCGGACGAGUUUAGAACACCUGAACCGUUUAAAGCUCCGGAACCAUUUAAAGCUCCUCCUCCCCCAGCUCCAAAACUUUCCGUUACGGAGUUAAUCAAAAACCCGACCAAGGUUGUUAUGUGUAAGAAUAUGGUUGCACCUGGAGAAGUUGAUGAGGAACUAGAACCUGAAGUAAAAGAAGAAUGCGAGGGGAAAUACGGAGAAAUUAAUUCAGUUAAAAUAGUUGAGCUAGAAAAUGUACCUGAACAUGAAGCAGUGAGAAUAUUCCUUGAAUUUAAACGGAUAGAAUCAGCGAUUAAAGCUCUGGUAGAUCUCAAUGGAAGAUUUUUUGCUGGUAGAGAAGUACAAGCCUGCUUCUACAAUAUUGGACAGUUUGAAGCUGGAGAAUUAAAAUCAUAAAGCAGUGUUCUCUCCUCCAUACAAAACAUAUUACGCAGUUGUCAAAACUUAAAACUCUUUUAUCUACUUGUGAUAUCUUAAUAUGUUUUAAACAAAGGUUUUUGAGGGAUUAGAGACUUGCAGGAAAAUCAGUGGCAAACUCGACACAAAAUGGAGAAACUUUAAAUAUCUCUUUAAUUUAAAACCCUAAAAUCCUUUAUGUAAGGUUUUCAAAAAUGUAUUUUUCCUUGGUUCAUAUUGAUCAUUAAACCUGAUUCUCUGGUUUGCAGAAA